AUGCCCACAGAUGCAGACUACGUGUUGUACAUCACAUCAAACUCAAGGCGGCUGGCAGAUUUUGCAGAGCUUGAAGGCAUCAACCAGACUGCCAGCGUAGGAGGGAGAUGCAGCCACAGCCCUGAGUGGGUGCUGCCGAAACAGUCCGUGACCCACCUCCGUGGAGCCCAGAACCAGCCAUGCGCCGCGUUCUCACGCCUGGACCCGCGGCGGGUGCCGUGGGGAGCAGCAGGCCAUGCCCUGCGUGCCCGCGUCCUGCGCACCAAGCCCGUGGAGUCAAUGCUGGAGGGUACGGGGACCGCUGCUGCCCAGGGUGCCAGGCUGGCCAAGGUCCUCACGACCCUCGACCUCAUCUCCCUUGGCGUUGGGAGCUGCGUGGGCACUGGCAUGUAUGUGGUGUCCGGCCUGGUGGCCAAGGAGAUGGCAGGACCUGGGGUCAUCGUUUCCUUCAUCAUUGCUGCUGUUGCCUCCAUCUUGUCAGGCGUUUGCUAUGCUGAGUUUGGCGUGCGGGUCCCCAAGACCACGGGCUCUGCCUACACCUACAGCUACGUGACGGUGGGGGAGUUCGUGGCGUUCUUCAUUGGCUGGAACCUCAUCCUGGAGUACCUGAUCGGCACGGCCGCAGGCGCCAGUGCCCUCAGCAGCAUGUUCGACUCGCUGGCCAACCACACCAUCAGCCGCUGGAUGAUCAACAGCGUCGGGACCUUGAACGGACUAGGGAAAGGAGAGGAGUCGUACCCUGACCUUCUUGCUCUGGUCAUUGCUGUCAUUGUCACGAUCAUCGUGGCCAUGGGGGUGAAGAACUCGGUGGGGCUGAACAACGUGCUCAAUGUCAUUAAUCUGGUAGUCUGGAUCUUCAUCAUGAUUGCUGGUCUCUUCUAUGUCAAAGGUGACAACUGGUCUGAAGGGCAAUUCCUGCCGUUUGGAUGGCCAGGGGUGCUCAAAGGGGCCGCGACGUGUUUCUACGCCUUCAUCGGCUUUGACAUCAUCGCUACCACGGGAGAAGAAGCAAAAAGUCCCAACACCUCCAUCCCCUACGCCAUCACGGCCUCGCUCGUCACAUGCUUGACGGCAUAUGUGUCCGUGAGCAUCAUCCUCACGCUGAUGGUGCCCUACGACGCCAUCGACACCGAGUCCCCGCUGAUGGAAAUGUUUGUGGCCCACGGCUUCUACGCAGCCAAGUUUAUCGUUGCCAUCGGGUCCGUGGCCGGCCUGACUGUCAGCUUACUGGGAUCUCUCUUCCCAAUGCCAAGAGUCAUUUACGCCAUGGCUGGUGACGGGCUGCUCUUCAGAUUUUUGUCCCACAUCAGUUCUUACACAGAAACUCCUGUAGUGGCUUGUAUCGUCUCCGGAUUCCUUGCAGCUCUGCUUUCCUUGCUGGUCAGCCUGCGGGACCUGAUAGAAAUGAUGUCCAUCGGCACGCUGCUCGCCUACACGCUGGUCUCCGUCUGUGUCCUGCUCCUCCGAUACCAGCCCGAGAGUGACAUUGAUGGCUUCGUCAAAUUCCUCUCCGAGGAGCACACCAAGAAGAAGGAGGGAAUCCUGGCCGACUGCGAGAAGGAGGUUUGCUCCCCAGGGAGUGAAGGAGAAGAGUUUGCUGGCCCACCGACCAACACAUGUGGGGCAAAAAAUCUGCCGUCGCUGGGGGAUAACGAGAUGCUAAUUGGGAAAUCUGAUAAAUCCACCUACAACGUGAAUCACCCCAACUAUGGCACGGUUGACAUGACCUCAGGGAUAGAGGCAGAUGAGUCUGAGAAUAUCUACCUCAUCAAGCUGAAGAAGUUGAUUGGCCCUCGCUACUACACGAUGAGGAUCCACCUCGGACUGCCAGGGAAAAUGGACCGCCCCACGGCAGCCACCGGCCACACGGUCACCACCUGCGUGCUCCUGCUCUUUGUCCUGAUGUUCAUCUUCUGCUCCUUCAUCAUUUUCGGGGCAGACUACAUCUACGAGCAGAGCUGGUGGGCUAUCCUCCUCGUCGUGCUGAUGGUCCUGCUCAUUGUCGUGCUGGUGUUUGUCAUCUUGCAGCAGCCAGAAAACCCCAAGAAGCUGCCCUACAUGGCACCUUGUCUGCCCUUCGUCCCUGCUUUUGCUAUGCUGGUGAAUAUCUAUCUCAUGCUGAAGCUCUCCACGAUCACAUGGAUCCGAUUCGCCGUCUGGUGUUUUGUGGGUCUGCUCAUCUACUUUGGCUACGGGAUGUGGAACAGCACGCUGGAGAUCAGCGCCCGGGAGGAGGCCCUCCACCAGAGCACCUACCAGCGCUACGAUGUGGACGUUGACCCCUUCUCCGUGGAUGAUGGCUUCUCCUGCACCACCGAGGGUGAGGGCUACCCAGGCUGGGGUCCCUCCGAGGACAAGGGCUUCUCAUACCAGCAAAUGGCAGGAGCAAAGGAAAGCCAUCGGACGAGUAGCAGGUCGAAAAGCAAAGGCAGGCACAAACCGCCGUCAGAGGCUCUCAUCGCCAAUGACGAGUUGGACUACUCGCCCGAGUAG